GAAAAAAGCAUGGCAAAGGGAGAGAAAUGCAAAUGAUGUGUCAAAACUGUUAUCUUUUUUUCAUUAUGCAAGAAAGAUAAUCCACAGUUUUUUUCAGACUUUCAACUGGACAAAGAAGGGAAAAUUUUAAGCAUAUUUUGGUCCCAUGCUAGCCAGCAAGCCGAGUACAUUGAUUUUGGUGAUGCAGUUACUUUUGAUACUACACAUAAGACUAAUAUGUAUGAUAAGCCAUUAGGAAUGUUUGUUGGUUCGAACCACCACCUACAAUGCACAAUAUUUGGGUUUGCUUUACUAGGAGACGAGACAGUUGAUACAUUCGAGUGGGUAUUCAAUACGUUCAAAACAUGCAUGGGAUGUGACGGACCACGAGUGAUGCUGACAGAUCAAGACCCUGCCAUGCCAAUUGCACUUGGCAGAGUAUUCCCAAACACAAUACAUCGAUUGUGUCUGUGGCAUGUGCAAAACAGGUAUAUGCCCCACUUGAAUGAAUUAUAUGCAAGAUUUGAGGACAUGGAUUUCAAAACAAGGUUCCAAUCUAUAAUACAUCAUCCAUUGAAUGAAAUGGAGUUCUAGGCAGCCUGGCAAAUGAUGCUUGAUGAUUUCCACCUACACGAGAACAACACCCUUGCCAGAUUAUAUGACAUACGCAGAGAUUGGGUACCUGCAUUUUUCAAAGGAGAUUAUUGUGGUCUUAUGGUCUCUACACAACGAAGCGAGAGCAUGAACAAGUUAGUGAAGAGUGCCCACGUGGAUGCAAGCACACCGCUUCAUCAAUUUGCAAAGCAAAUGAUGAAGCUAUUGCAUAGUAGGAAGAUGAAAGAGGCCAAAGAGGCACUAGGAUGCAUGGGUCAAAAGGAUACAACUACAUUGUAUAUGUUUGAAAUAAGAGUAGCAAGGGCAUACACUAGAGCUGUGAUGACAAGGUUUCAGGAGACAGUAAAAUAUGCAACUGCAUACCGAAUAGACCGUGAUACAGAGGGUGAGGAACAUGAUUGGGUGGUGAAACAUACUACAAGAUCAAAUAAAAUUGUUUGGGGUCAACACCAAUUCAAGAUAAGGGCUGAUGUGGAUGCCGGAAAGUAUUCAUGUGAGUGCAAGCAUUGGGAGCAUACAGGUCUAUUUUGUGUUCAUCUUGUACGCGCUUUCAUGCAUCUACAAAUUGAAAGGAUCCCAAGUGAGUAUAUUUUGCAACGAUACACAUACUCCGCGCAUCAAGAUGUGGCUUUUUCAAGAGACGAUAGGAAUUUGAAAGGAAAAGAUGGAGAAACUAGAUCAUAUAGACAGAAGAUGUUGCUUAAAAAAGCAAUGAAAGUAGUACAUCAUGCGAGUAUGUCUAAAGCUGGGAAUGAUAAAGCCCUAGAGAUGAUGGACGAAUUAUUAGGGUUAUUGAUGCGUGUGGAGCCUGAUAUAGGUACUGGUGAGAGUUGUGGCACAAGUGUUUGCGAUGACAUCCAGGUCGAAGCGUAUGAAACAGAAGAAAUGGCUAUAGACAACUUACGCAAAUUAGAUGAUGGGAACGAGGAAAUUUUAAUGGGCUCUAAUACAAAUGAAUGCAAUAAUAAGGAUGAUCAAUGUAAUAUGCAGAUAUUAACAUUGGAACAUAACACUGACAUUCGGCUGGUUGAGAGUAGUUCUAUGGAUGUGGAAGCUAGAAAGAAACUGGAAUUUCAUAUGGAAGGUGUAAACUUGACGAGACCAGAUAAGGCCAAGCCUAAGGGAAGAACAAUCAAAAGUAGUGAGCAACAAGUUUUAAAAUUGGGUGCGAAAGGAGCUAAGAAGAUGAGCAGGAAAUGCCAGAAAUGUGGCAUAGCUGAUGGUCACAACAGCCGUACGUGUUUAACUGUCGAGGAUAAUAGGGUUCGAUUGGCUAACCUAUCUGGACGUAAGCGAGGACGGCCUCCUGGUUCAAGGAACAAAAUCAUAGCUGCAGCCCCGCAAUGGAAUGAGACAUCAACGUCGAAAAAACGAACGGUGGAUGUCGGAGAUGAUGAUUCAUCUGGUAGAGAGUAAAAAAGCAUAAGAUACAAAUAUUUCCUUGUGUAAAUGUGAUUCCUGUGUUCGUUUGUCUACUUCCAGAAAGAAUCAUAAAUAUACUUGCAAACUGGUAUAAAUGGAUGUGUAGUUUGUCAUAAGCUUUAACAGUAAUGCAGCAGUCUGACUGUAUAUGUACUUAGCAUAAAUGUAUGUGAAAACCUGCG